GACACAUGAAGGCGCCAUUUCUGUGCGCAUGGAAAAGCUCGUCAGGUCAGUUCACAGUGAGACUGAAGCAAGUUAUUAAUGGGAGCUGUUGUAAGUCGUAAAAAUGAAAUAAGGUAGGCUGCACUCUCCGUGCCAGGACUCUUCCACUACUCCACAUCCAGUCGGAUCUCAGGGUUGGCAUUUAGUGGUGCAGAGAGAGAGGCGGCUCGGGGCGCAGCGAUUGGACUAUUUAUACUUACGGAACCAUUUAUUAUCAUAUAUCGGACUGAUAGAAGGCUAUAGAUAGUAUCGUUUCUAUUAAUGUCCUCUAAGAGCUGCAAGGGGGCUCUCCUUUACUCCGUGAAUGCGCUUCGCACCCUCGCAUUUCCAUUACGCACAGGAGAGCGCUGGCACAUAGCUCCUGGACGAGCCCUCUCCUGGCAGAUAUGGAGCAGCUCCACGCAACAGGACCAGACGGAGGACAGCGGUGAAACACGAGCCCCCGGCCUCUUUCAUCACCUCACAAAUCCCCCCCCCCCCCCUCAAUUUCCCCUGCAUGCGUAAAGUGUGUUGCUGUUCAAAUGAUCAGCUGUCUGGCGAUUCGCGUCCUGCUCCACAUGCGGAGGAGUGUGUGAGUGUGUGUGUUUUCGUCCCUGAAGAAGUUCCAACACUUCCUCCAUUACAUAGUCAUUUUUUGCACUGUGAAGAUUCUCUUUUGAACUGACCUCUGGGGUUCAGCCCCCUCAGCAUGGCCGCGGCGCCCUGAGGGGCGAUGGAUUUGGAGGUGACGGAUGCGAACGGGUCGAACUGCUCGUCGAGGAACGAGAGCGACCGCGGACGGAGCGCCCCUUCCAGCGGAGUGUCCUCUGCGCUGGCCAGCGUGCUGAUCUUCACCAUCGUGGUGGACAUCCUGGGCAACAUCCUCGUCAUCCUGUCCGUGUGCAGGAACAAGAAGCUCAGGAAUGCAGGCAACAUCUUCUUGGUGAGUUUGUCCGUAGCAGACCUGGUGGUGGCCUUGUACCCCUACCCUCUGGUGCUGACGGCCAUCUUCCACAAUGACUGGACCAUGGGUGACCUGCACUGCCAGGCCAGCGGCUUCAUCAUGGGCCUCAGCGUCAUCGGCUCCAUCUUCAACAUCACGGCGAUCGCCAUCAACCGCUACUGCUACAUCUGCCACAGCCUCCACUACGACCGUUUGUUCAGCCUGAGGAACACGUGCUGCUACCUGGGCCUCACCUGGCUGCUCACCGCCCUCGCCACAGUACCAAACUUCUUUGUCGGCUCGCUGCAGUACGAUCCCCGCAUCUACUCCUGCACCUUCGCCCAGACGGUCAGCUCGUACUACACCAUCUCUGUGGUGAUUAUCCACUUUCUGAUCCCGCUGCUGGUGGUGUCUUACUGCUACAUGAGGAUUUGGGUGCUGGUGAUUCAAGUGAAACAUCGGGUGAAACGGGAGCAAAGCACCAAACUGAAACCAAGUGAUGUGAGGAACUUCCUGACUAUGUUUAUAGUGUUUGUGUUGUUUGCAGUGUGCUGGGCGCCACUGAACCUCAUAGGCCUGGCCGUGGCCAUAAACCCCGCGAAAGUGGCGCCCCACAUUCCUGAGUGGCUCUUUGUCACAAGCUAUUUUAUGGCAUAUUUCAACAGCUGCCUCAACGCCAUCAUAUACGGACUCCUAAACCAAAACUUCCGCAAAGAGUACAAGACGAUCCUCCUCGCUCUUUGCAUCCCGCGCUUGCUCCUCGUGGAGACCUCCAGGUGUGCCACGGAGGGACUGAAGAGCAAGCCCUCGCCGGCUGUAACCAACAACAAUGUAGCGGAGAUGAAUGUAUGAACAACUGUUUCACUGGUAAGCUCAAGAUUACGUUGUUAUCUGGAGCCUCGCCGUGGAUGCGUGCCAUGAUUUACCAAGUGCCUUUUACACAAGAUGUGUAUCACGAGAUAAACCACGUUUGGAGAGGACACUGCUGACACUACACUGCUGUUCCCUCAUGUUGAGAGGAAAACCAUUCACUUUAUCACCGGUGCAUUGUGAUGCCUUGUGAACAACGCCCCUGCUCUCUACUUAAAGAUAGACGAACAACAACGACAU